AUGCUGCGGGACAAGCACGGCAAGCAGUACGGCGCGCUCGACGACGACCGGGUCUCGAACCACCACAUCAAGAUCGUCGCGACGCUCGCGACGCUCGGCGAGCCGUCGAUCCGCGGCGCGUACUACGCGGACCUCGACACGUCCGUCGCGCACCCCUGGGCCGUCGACGGCGACGUCCUCGACGAGCACGCGCGGGGCGAGUCGGACGUCACCUUCGGCUACGGGGGCACGGGGCCGUCCGAGGUCGCCGCGUUCCGCUGGCAGGUCCGGAGCUCGCGCUUCUACGCGCGCGACUCUUUCGCGGGCCGCGCGUUCUUCGCGCGCUGGUUCGCGAACCGCUGCACCUUCAAGGACCAGUUCAGCCUCUUCCACACGAUCCUCGAGCUCGCGGGCGACGCGGGCUGCGUCGACUACCGCGGCGAGGUCUGGAGCGAGCUCACCUACAAGGAGGCCCUCCACGGCUCGGGCGCCGACCUGGCCGCGCGGCUCCCCGGCGUCGCCCUCGACUGCGCGCGCGUCGACGCGCGCUGCCCGGACUGGACCUUCCGGAAGCGCGGCGCGUCGUGCGACCACGCGGACCCGAAUCUGAUCGACGCGCUCUACCACCACUCCCUAACGCACCACCUCUCCCUCGCGGGCCGCCGGGACACGCGGGUCUUCGCCUUCGACGGCGGCAACAUUACUGUCGCGAACGCGUGCUUCACCACGCGCGGCACGCCGCUCGAGAACACGACGAAGUGCGUCUCCUACGACCCCGAGGAGUACGUCGCCAAACUCGGCAUCCGCGCGCGCGACAGGACGCGCCACGCCUGGGGGUGA